UCCCUUUUUCUCUUUUUACUGUUCAACUCCUGCAAACGCAUCAGCUUAUCGCCUCCGUUCAACGAGGCUAAACACCAAUUUUGUACAAAGCUCAAUUUUUAAGGACCUUUUAGUUUUAUUAUACUGACAAGUAAUAUAUGGUCAUGGCGCCUGUAGAUCAUUCAUUCUAUUCCAAGCGCUCGUCUAGACGAAAGCAAGGGGAGAUCGACAAGCUUUUAGAGCGAAUGCACAUUCGACUCGCUUUAGCUGCGUUCAAAGCGCAAUAUGGAUAUGAAACCUGUGCGUUGGAUACGCUAGAGUCUAAAUUAAUGCGACAUAGUCCGCUUUCUCCUUACAACCAUGCACAUGGUUAUGCCAAGCAGGUAGCUCGUUCUACCACUUCUUCCAACGAAUCGUCCUCUAGUACUGAAAGAAAGGUGCGUAGCUCAUCUCGACUGCCCAUACGCAAAGCCUAUCAUGAUUAUGUUGUUCAUUCAACACGGACCCCGCCUCCUACCUCUCCACAUCGACGUAGCAUCAAGGCUGCCUCCAAAGCCUAUUUAACUCCUACAUCGCCAAUGUUUAACCCACCGGUGGCCGAUGAAUCUGCCAAGAGAAGUACAACACCACAUCGCUCAAGGACGCCGCGGAGUAUGUCGCCCACCUACCGUCGGCAACACCAUAGCCCUACGCCGCAGAAGCCAAGUACGUCUCUAUGGGACCAAGCGGCUGAGCCAAGUGUAGAUGAAACCAACGCUGCCAAUUUACUAAUGGGGCUAUGGUACGCUCGAUGAACCAGCCAGCUUGAGAAAACCCCCCAAUAGAAAACACAUUAACUAGCCCCCUUCCUCUACGUUUUGUCUCCCAAUAAGUUAUUUCACAUCUAUUUAAUUAAAUAAGCUGAAAGACCAUGCUGGUG